AACGUGCGGGCCUCGUUUGACCGUGCGCCGAAACCACUUGCAAUCCUUCUUCUUGGCCUACCCCGUCGUAUAUUCGCGGAAUUACAAUCAUUAUCACAAUUUACAUCCAAAAUGUGGUAAAAGGAUCGGUCGAGAGGUCUCGGUGGAAGGAUGAGUUGUUUCUCUUGUUUCUCAUCCCAGGAGAGGAGGGCGUCGAGGAAGUUCGACGCCAAAAAUGGCCCGCCACCGGCGGCACCUUCACCUGCCCCUCCCCGUGAAGUGGCUUCUGACACAAGCACCGAGUUGAGCGGAACGCCAGCAAAUGGCACGCCCAAGUCACAGACCACUGCGCCCGAGGCAUCCACCUUUAAGGAGGCCAGCAACGAUAACAUCGCAGCUCAAACGUUCACUUUCCGCGAGCUCGCGUCGGCUACCAAAAAUUUCCGCCCUGAGAGUCUUCUCGGCGAAGGCGGGUUCGGAAGAGUUUACAAAGGGCGCCUCGACAAACCCGGUCAGGUUGUGGCUGUGAAGCAACUGGACAGAAGUGGCCUCGAGGGCAACAAAGAAUUCCUCGUUGAGGUUCUAAUGCUCAGUCUCCUCCACCAUCAGAACCUGGUCAGCCUGAUUGGAUACUGCGCGGACGGAGAUCAGAGGAUGUUGGUAUACGAGUACAUGCCUCUUGGCUCCUUAGAAGAUCAUUUGCUCGAGAUCAGUCCGGAUCAAGAACCACUCACUUGGUACACCAGGAUGAAGAUAGCUUUGGGUGCCGCCAAAGGCUUGGAGUACCUGCACCAGAAAGCCAACCCCCCUGUCAUCUUCCGCGAUCUCAAGUCAUCCAACAUCUUGCUCGACGAGGACUAUGACGCGAAGCUCUCCGACUUCGGGCUCGCCAAGCUUGGCCCUGUGGGAGACGAGCUACAUGUCUCCUCCAGGGUCAUGGACACGUACGCCAGAACCGGUCAGCUCACCCUGAAGUCCGAUGUGUACAGUUACGGGGUCGUCUUGCUGGAGCUGAUAACAGGGAGGCGAGCCAUCGACACCACCAGACCGACGGACGAACAGAAUCUGGUCACCUGGGCACAACCGAAGUUCAGGGAUCAGAUGAGGUACCGCGAGCUGGUCGAUCCGCUUCUUCGGGGGGAGUACGCCGAGAGAGGGCUGAAUCAGGCUGUCGCCGUGGCGGCUAUGUGCCUGCAGGAGGAGGCUGAGGUGCGCCCGUUCAUGACCGACGUGGUUGCGGCCUUUAGUCAUCUUACGGCAGCAUCGACCGAUAGUGAAGGGAGCAUCGAGAGAAGGGUGGACGGCGAGGGGAAGCGAGAUGAGAAGAUGGAUGGGGAUCGGCAGCGUGCUGUUGCAGAGGCCAUGGAUUGGGGUUCCGAGUUCAAGGCACGGCCAGGGGAACCUCCAUGAAGCCGGAGCUUAGUUCUCCGCUCUGGUCUCUUUCUCCUUUGCUUCCUCGAGUGGAUCGAUGGGCGAAGAAGAAGUCGAUUCUUAGCUUUCACUGUAGCAAUCGUGUGCAUACGUUCAUGAUUGGCAUCUGUCGCUGCACCAUAUGCAUGCGUUGGGUGACACGAUGCAUUCACGGCUUUUAAGCAUCGAAGUGUGGGUGAUA